AUGAGAUUUGACCAAGUGCGACGGCAAGACGACGCUCACCUUCACAACACUCUCUCUGCGCUUCCCUAUCAUUUACAAACCCUAUGGCUUUUUACAUACAGUGACAUCAGAACGAUGCUCGUCCCGAUCUUGGCCCUUGGCACCCUUACCGCCAUCAUCGGUAACCCGCUGACCACCACCGCCGCCUCGGCCCUCACCAUAUUUUCGAAUCUCCCUCUGCUCCUCCUUUGGCUCUGGCUGAACAUAUUAGUUCUCUCCAUUGCUAAUCAGCGUGAUCCAAGCGGCAUCCUUGAGGACUCGAUGAACAAGCCUUGGCGCCCGAUUGCCUCGGGGCGAAUCUCUGCUACAGAAGCUAAGCACCUGCUUCUUGGGAUUAUCCCAUUAACGGUGGUACUCGGGAUUAAGCUCGAUGUGGGUUACGAGACGCUGGCCUGUAUUUGUGCGAGCUCCUACUACAACGACCUAGGCGGCGCAGACGAGCACUUUCUGAUCAGGCAAUUCAUCAAUGGGUUGGCAUAUCCUGUGUACGGAGUUGCAGCCUUGAAGUUAGCGGCAGGCGCAGUCGACAUCCUCCCUACAGCAUAUACGUGGUUGACUUUACUGGGUUUGGUCGUGGGCACAACGAUCCAAAUUCAGGAUCUGAAGGACUACGAGGGGGAUAAGGCACGCGAAAGACACACGUUUCCUGUGGUACUGGGGGAUGGUUUCACGAGGGUGAGUGUCUGCAUGGGCAUACUCUUCUGGUCUUUCAUCUGCCCGGCGUAUUGGAACUCGUCAGUUCCUGCCCGUGCUGUUGUCUUCCUCUCCGGUAUAUUGGUAACGAUUAGGAUACUGUACGUCAGAGAGGCAAAGGCAGACCGCUUCUCGUUCAUGAUGUGGAGUUGGUGGGUGAUGGGACUUUUUAUGCUGCCUCUGACAAGUGUAAAUUAAGUAUACGUCAGUCACGGGAUACAUGUUUUACCGAAACAUAGUCCUACUAUCAGCCUCGUGAAGUUUCAGAGAGUAUUACAAUCAUAGAACGAUUAUAUACCACUCACCGAUGUUAGAACCCACAGACUCCAGAUUCGCUGCUCCACGUCUUCCAUUUUGCCGUCUGUGGCCUGCUGCUGAACUUGGAACUGGUGUUCUAUGUCUAGAAGAUUGUAUACAGGCCUUGCUUCUUCCCCCGGCUUCUAUAAUAUGAUCAUGCUCAAAGGUUUUACGAAGCUCGAUUGGGUCCAGACAGCUCCGCAUCAAAAUUUCCAGUAGCUUUCUGUUGGAAGGAGG